AUGUCGAAGCUCCCGUUGAGCGCCUCUACGGAGACCGCGCGGCUGCUGGAAGAGCGGGCGCAGCUCUGGCAGUCGCGGCUGCUCCUUGAGGCGGUGCCGAUGCUGGAGCGCUGGUGCUCCAGGGCCAUGGCCUCUGGGGAGCUGCAGGUGGCCUGCAUCCUGUGGCUGCACCUGGCGCUGAUCCAGCGCUGGCGCAAAGGGGAGGCCAACAAAAACAGCGUGUCCACGCUGCUCUGCUCGGAGCUCUUUCUGAACGCCAACUUGGACACCAGCGGCCUGGGGACGAGGAGGCAGGCGGAAGAGCUGGGGCUUUUGGACACCGAGAUCUUCGAGCUCUUCCACUCUACGCGAUCCCGUGUGUACCGAUGGCUGCAGAAGAGUAGCCCGGAUGGCACGGAGCGGGAUGCAGUACUGGAGCACGUGGUGUCCACCGUGGCGUCCAGCCCCGCGCGCGAGGUGGCCAUGAGAAGGUGGUGGGAGCUGGAGGACAGCUGGGACGGCCGAGGCCGCUUCGCCGCCUCGCCCUCGGCGCCGCUGCCGGCGGCGGAAGUGGACCCGGACGAGGAUUUCGCCCGGUGGCUCUCCGCCUCCGUAGCCUCUGCGCCCGUGGAGGUGAACGUGAACCUGGGCCAGCUGCAGUUCCGGCAGCACAGCGUCACAGUGGUGCCCCGCGAGGUCUUGGCUCUCCCGGAGUUCCAGGAGGUCUUUCCCCAGGUGGAUGUGAACGCUUGCCUCCUUUGGGCGCUGGUGGAGCGCGCGCCGAGCCGGGAGCGCUACCGCUUCGCCGGGCUCAGGUAUGAGUUCCGGCUGUGGAAGCUGCCGGACGAGCCGGUGAUGGAAGCCUUCUCCCGGAAGUUCCCGGAGCAUGCGACCGUGGCAGAGGAGUGGCUCUCCAACGCCAUCGCCGCAGUGCCGGAGAUGCAGCCGCUGUGGACCCGUGGCAAGUGGCUGGCGCCCGAAGAAGUGCAGCGCCGCGUGUGCAAAAGCGCCAAGCUGGCGUUGUCCUUUGGCGCGGACAGCGCAGUGGAGCCGGAGGCUUUCCACUACGAGGCCGGAGGCUUCCACGGAGAAGCCGCAGCUCUUCGAAGUGGAGGUCUUUCCGAAUGGCCCCAACGGUCCCGUGGUGCACUUGUACAGCCUGAGCCGCUACGGUCCCCGUGUGGGGCGCACACAGGCGGGGAGUAUUUUGGGCGCCGGGUAACUUAG